GAGCGCGCACAGGCUCAGAGCGGAAAUGAAGCGGAUGUUACAGCAGCAGAUGAUCUGCGGAUUCACAGUGUCUGUUUCUCUGGGUGUUUGUCUGGGGUUGUGAUGGGGAAAUAUUUCAUCAGCGAGACAGACAUCAAGACCUCAUGGGAAUUUGUGUUGACAGCAUUCUGGCAAAGAUACCCAAACCCUUACAGCACUCACGUUCUGACGGAGGAUGUUGUUUUCCGUGAGGUGACAUCAGAUAACUGCCUUCUCUCCCGCCGGCUGCUCACAAAGACCAAUCGGCUCCCUCGGUGGGCGGAGUGCAUCUUCCCGGCGAACCUAUCAAGUUCUGUUUACAUCAUAGAAGAUUCUGUCAUUGAUCUCGACAACAGACGCUUCACCACACUGACCUGGAAUGUCAAUCAUGCUAAAUUAAUGCGUGUCGAGGAGCGCUGUGUGUUUUUCAGUGAUCAGAACAGACCCGCUUGGACUCGGCUGAUCAGAGAGGCUUGGAUCUCAUCAGGAGUGUUCGGACUCUCCAGACCCAUCCAGGAGUUUGGUUUGGCCAGAUUGAGAAGUAAUCAGAUGAAGGCUAUGAAGGGUUUAGAACAUGCGCUAUCACAUCUACAGAAAACAUCAAGCUCACAUCAUGGGGACUCAACAGAGAAACCCAAAACCUGCAGCUCUGCCUCCACAUCCCAGAAACCUCAGCAAUACGUUUGAUAAACAUACCAUUGAGUCUGUGAACCUGUAAAAAAAACACGUCCAAGUCACAUUUCGUUAAUUCUCAUGACUGUAAUCCGAAGAGAUUGCAUUCUAAUUCAAGUAAUAAAAAAUCAUUGAAUUUGACUUCAAAUUCAAUUUAAAUCAUUUUAGUAUUUAUACAGCAUGAUAGUAUUUGUUUGAUUUAUUUUACACGUCUUCUGUGAAUAGAAUCACUGUAUAUCAGUGUUCCUAAAUUAGAAAUAUAAUGUUUGAUGUAAUAAUGUGAAUUAGACUGAAAAUUUACAUGUGAAAAAAAAUGAAAAUUUGAUUUGUUAAUUUAAUUUAAUUUUGUGAAAUGUGACCUGGACGUGUUUUUACGAGAUUUACACAUAAAACAAGCAAAUGAUUCCAGAAGAAUCCUGUGCUGUGAGUGUGUUUAAUAGCUGCUAAAGGUAAAGCUCAGGUAACAGACUAAAGUUCAUUGAUAUGUAGAAGCUUCAUGAAGUCUUGAGAUGUUUUCUGUGCGUGUCUAUCAUCAGUCUGUUUGCUUUGCACUGAACUAACACUAACGCAGGACACAGCAUGAAAACGCAUGGAAUAAUGCAUCAGCAUGCAUGUAGAGAACUUCUGACAACCACAUGAUGUCAUGUAACAUAUUUAUAUUUAUUUGAAAAUGUAGCAUUUAUUAGAAAAUAAACUCAGGGACACUUUAUAAAGGUUAACAAUUGACAUUGUUACCUUGAAGUGUGUGUUUAUGAUUGAUUGUGCAGGUUCUUGUUUAUAUAUACGUAUAGACCACUUCGGAAAACCUAAGCAACGCUGGUCUAGAAGAACUUUCUGUUUCAGUGUUUUAACACUACGGAAAGGUUUGAACAAAGUACAACCAGCAGAACAAAUAUAACAGAAUCAAAAUGUUUUAACAAAAAGUCCCAGUGAAAUAAAAAAAUGACCAUUCUUAUUUUUUCAUGAAAUAUUACAGUGUUUAUUGUAAAUAGUUUAUCAAUGUGGGUCAUUUUCUUUUUAAAAUUCAUCUACCCUCAUAAUCUUCAGUUAAAAUCUGAAAAUGCACUUCCACCCUGAAAUGACUACAGUAGUAUAUCUCAAAUGACGACGGCUUGGGCAGAGCAUCCGUUAACUCCUCCCCUUCAUCUGUCAGUCUCUUGCUAGUUUCAUUUCAAAAUGCAACAUCUGUUUUCACACAUCCAAUCAAUUCGCAGUGAAAAACGCAAGCCACGCCCACUAAUUUUCUCCUUUGAAAUUCCUUUUCACUGGGAAAUGUGUCAGAAAAAAGAAGUAAAAACGAUCGCAACUUCCAGUUCACGGGGUUUAAAUUAGAUUUAAAAGUAAAAUAAAUUAAAACGAAACCGUAAGUGUUUCUGGACCCGUGUUUACAUUAGGUGAAGUGGUCUAUACAGUGAAGUUCAAAUAUCUAAGAUCAAAUUUAAGUCCAGAUACAUCACAUUGUAUGAAAAUUGCAUUUUAGUGGUCUCAGACUUUUGAAGCCCUCUGUAUUUAAGUAAUUUAAAUACAUCAGAAAAUAGACUGUGCCUGUAACCUACUGAUGUUACAGUUAGUUUCUAGUCUAAGAAGUCUUAAAUAAAACUUUUUACAGUACAGAGAUGAUCAUUUUAAACCAGAGGUGAUUUAUUUAUUUUAUUAAACUCUUUUUAGGAAGUGUACUGUGAAAAGUGCUGUACAAAUAAACUUUCAUAAUAGAAUAUCACCACCAGUCAAUUUUAUUCAUGUGAUGAAAUGAGCUUUACA